AUGGAAGGUUUGAAAGUAACAAAAGCAGUAGAAGAACCUAGUGUGACAUCAAAUGUUAAUUACCAUGUUGAAAGUAUAAAGCCUGAGUUGGAGCAACCUCAAGCAAUGCAACAAUCUCAAGCCAAUGAAGAUUUAAAUGAACAUGGGAAUGUUUAUAUGGAUGACACUUUUUCCCCCUCUAGUUUAUCAAGCAGCCAAGAAGAAGAAGAAACACAAGAUUCAUCAUCUUCUUAUUACACUACUCCUGUGUUUGUUCCUGAUAAUUGCCUACCUCCGGUGAAGACUAAGUAUGGAUCAGAGGGUACCACAACAAGAAAUGGAGUUUCUUCAAGAUCUAUUUCUUCACAAAGAAGCCUUGGAUCAUCACCAUUGAGCAAUGAAACACCUAAAAGUCAGGAUUCUUACAGUGAUUCCAUUGACACAACAUCACCUAUUGAAUCUGUUAAAGAAGCUGUCUCAAAAUUUGGAGGAAUCACUGACUGGAAAGCACAUAGAAUGGAAGUAGUAGAGAAACGCAAGUUUGUGGAACAAGAACUCAAAGAGAUUGAAGAGAAGAUUCCUGAGUACAAGAAACAAUCAGAGACUGUUGAGAUGUCAAAACUGCUAACGGUUGAGGAGUUAGAGAGCACAAAGAGACUCAUAGAAGAGUUGAAGCUUAAUCUUGACAAGGCGGAAACCGAAGAAAGGCAAGCAAAGCAGGACUCUGAGCUUGCAAAGAUGAGAGUUGAGGAGAUGGAACAAGGAGUAGCUGGUGAAGGUAGUGUUGCAGCUAAGGCACAACUUGAAGUAGCUAAAGCUAGACACACAUCUGCUAUUUCAGAACUGGAAUCUGUCAAGGAAGAGAUACACACUCUGCAGAAGGAGUAUGAAGAUUUGGAGAAGGAGAAAGAUUUGGCUGUGAAGGAAGCAGAAGAAGCAGUUUUGGGUGCUAAAGAAGUUGAGAAGAAAGUUGAAGAGAUGACUAUAGAGUUGAUAGCUACAAAGGAGUCACUAGAAUGUGCACAUUCUUCUCAUUUAGAAGCAGAAGAAGAACUUCAAAGACUUAAGCAACAUAUAGUUUCAACAGAUGCUGCUUCUGCAAAGAAGGAGCUAGAAGAAGUCACUGAGAGUAUUGAGAAAGUAACAUCUGAAGUAAAAUGCUUGAAGGUAGCAUCAUCAUCUUUGAAACUGGAACUUGAGAAAGAGAAAACAGCACUUGAAUCAAUCAAACAAAGAGAAGGGAUGGCAUCAGUAGCAGUUGCAUCUCUAGAAGCUGAGAUAGACAUUAAAAAAUUCGAGAUAGCUCUUGCUGAGUCCAAGGAAAAAGAAGUCAGAGAGGAGAUGGUGGAGCUACCAAAGCAGCUGAAGCAAGCAACACAAGAGGCUAAUGAAGCGAAAACAUUCGCUGAACUCGCUCGUGAAGAGCUGAGGAAGUCUCAAGAAGAAGCAGAGCAAGCAAAGGCUGGAGCAAGUGCAAUGGAGAGAAGACUACUUGCAGCUCAGAGAGAAAUUGAAGGUAUCAAAGCUUCAGAGAGGUUUGCAUUAGCUGCUAUCAAGGCAUUGCAAGAGAGUGAGUCUUCUUUGAAGGAAGAGAAUGUUGACUCUCCGAGAAGUGUAACACUGACGUUAGAGGAGUACUAUGAGCUAAGCAAGGGUGCUCAUGAGGCAGAAGAAGAAGUCAACGCAAAGGUUGCAGCAGCGGUUUGUGAGAUUGAGGAAGCUAAAGAAAGAGAGAAGAGAAGCUUGGAGAAGUUGGAAGAAGUGAACAGAGAGAUGGUUUUGAGAAAGGAAAGACUUGGAGAAGUAACUGAGAAGGCAGAGAAGGCUAAAGAAGGGAAGUUAGGUGUGGAACAAGAGCUGAGAAAAUGGAGGGAAGAGCACAAAGUAAAGAGAAUAGAGAAAAGUCAUGAAAGAAGUUUAGAAAGUUCAAAGGAAAAAGAGAAAGAGUGUGAUGGAACUGAAACAAACUCAAUCUCAAAGGAGAAAGAAAAGGAGUCUAAUGCAACUGAAACAGAGCCAAUCCCACAAGCGCAGCAAGUCACAUCUGCUUUCCGUGCACUUAACUACUCCAAAGAGAUGGAGAGAAACCGUAACUUCUCAGAAGCUUCCAUCACACUAGACACCUCACAAGCCUUAAUGAUCCCUGUAAUAAGCUCUUGCAGUUUACUUCUCAUGUUCUACCUCUUCCCCUCUGCCUCUCAGCUCCUCACCGCCUUCACAGCAGUUGCAUCCCUCUCCUCUCUCUUCUUUUGCCUCUCACCUUAUGCUCUGUAUCUCAACUCCUACCUUGGUUUAUCUGAUCCUUUUCUCACACGUUGCUGCUCAAAGUCUUUCACAAGGAUGCAAGGGUUGUUGUUGUUGUGUUGUGGUGUGACUGUUUUUGGCGUGGCUUGUCUCUGGUCAUUGGGUGUUGAAUAA